AUGCUUGACGAUAGCGACCGUUGCAUUAUUAUCCCUAGCGACGAGGAGUUAGAUGCCUACUUCGCAGAACUUGAGCGAAGGCAAUUAGAGGCCAGGUGCUUUCUAACUCUACCGCCUAUCGAAUCACUAUCUCGCGAUACAUGCGCGGAAAUCUUGUGGAUUGUGGCUGGUGCUACGGAGGAGGAGCCUGUGAAGAUUUCGCUGUGGUUGGAGUUCAUCACUGACACGCUGUUUGGUGAGUGGGCUUGGGUCGUUCAUCUGGAUGAGAAAGUCUUGGAGGCAUACAGUUCUUGGGAUAGAUAUGAGGCAGCGGUGGAGACGAAUGUGAGGUUCGGAGCGAUGCUCAAAGGUAAGCCGCUGCUGGGACUGGUCAAGAAGUUUGCCUUUAAAGAGUUGCCUGAAGAUCACAAGGAGUUUCUGGCGAGCUUCAAGGCCCUUGAGAUUGAAGAAGAUAGUAAAGAUGGGGCCUGA